CGUGAGCUUCCGUUGGUCACAACUACGCAUGUUCCGCAUGUUCAAAUGAUUCGCAAGUAAUUUUCCAAACGGUAUCUUGUUUUAUUUAACAAUAAAAGAUUCUGGAAAAGCGCCAUAAUGUCUGUUCAGGCAACAAACCCCAAUAACCCGAUUGUGUUCUUCGACAUCACCAUCGGAGGGCAGGAUGUUGGACGGAUGAAAGUUGAGCUGUUUGCCGAUGUGGUUCCAAAGACGGCUGAGAAUUUUCGGCAGUUCUGCACAGGAGAGUUUCGGAAGGAUGGUGUUCCCAUUGGUUUUAAAGGCUGCACAUUCCACAGGGUGAUCAAAGACUUCAUGAUACAAGGAGGAGACUUUGUGAAUGGAGAUGGGACUGGUAUCUGCAGCAUCUACAGAGGUCCAUUUGCAGAUGAAAACUUCAAAAUGAAGCAUUCAGCACCUGGUCUCCUGUCAAUGGCAAACAGUGGACCGGGAACAAACGGUUGCCAGUUUUUUAUUACCUGCACAAAAUGUGAUUGGUUAGACGGGAAGCACGUUGUUUUUGGGAAAGUGGUUGAUGGCCUGCUAAUCAUGAGGAAAAUAGAGAAUGUUCCUACAGGACCCAACAACAAACCCAAACUCCCCAUCCUCAUCGCUCAGUGUGGAGAGAUGUGAUCCAGCUAACCGCGCUCUACAUCGAGUCAUGUCUUGAAUGUUACUUGAUGCCCAUCAGCAAAGAUCUAUUAUUUCCUGCCU